GUUCGAAUCAUCAUAGAAGCUGACGAAAGUGAUGGAAUCACACCUUUUCUCUAGAUUCCUUCAUCUAUCUGAGGAAUAAACCAUGAUGAAAGUAACUAAACAACAGCUCGUGCAAGCAGCACGUCUAAUAGACCAUUAUUCACAAUAUCAACCGUCUCCGUUGUCUUUGAAGAAGUUUAUAGCAUUUGGGGAGAAAAAUGCAAGCGAAAAAGCAUCAUUCAUUUUCCUCAAAAAGGAAAUACCAGUUCGACUGGCCAAUAUCAUGAAGGAAAUUAAUUUACUCCCAGAGAGUUUACUGAUGCAACCCUCUGUCAGGCUCGUCAAAAGCUGGUAUGAGAAGAGUUUCGAAGAAGUGAUUGAAUUUGAGAAUGUUAGCAUUGAGAGUACUGUCCGUGUAGCAGAAUUUUGUGAUGCUCUCGUCAAAAUACGUAACAGACAUACCAAUGUGGUGGAAACCAUGGCUCAGGGUAUCCUGGAAUUGAAGGACAACUAUGGGUAUGACCAUGUGAUCCAGAACAAUAUACAAUAUUUUCUGGAUAGAUUUUACAUGAGUCGUAUCAGCAUUAGAAUGCUCAUCAACCAGCACACUUUGUUAUUUAGCGAGAAAUUAGACAAUCACCCUCGUCAUGUAGGUUGUAUCGACCCUCAUUGUGAUUUACAUGAUGUUGCUAAAGAUGCAUAUGACAAUGCACGUUUCCUGUGUGACCGCUACUAUCUGAACUCUCCUGAGGUGCAGUAUCAGUGCAUCAAUGGCAGUGAACACUCGGUGCCAAUUGAGAUAGUCUAUGUGCCAUCCCAUCUUUACCAUAUAAUGUUUGAGCUCAUCAAGAAUGCGAUGCGUGCCGUUGUGGAGUAUCAUGGACCUGAUAAUGAUCUACCCCCUAUUCACAUCACAAUAUGCAAGGGAAAGGAAGAUCUCACUAUAAAGAUUGCCGACCAAGGAGGUGGUAUUCCCCGUACUUCAGCAGAUCUCCUGUUCCAGUAUAUGUACUCAACAGCCCCAAAACCUGACCCCGAGUCGGGCACUGUGCCCCUUGCUGGGUAUGGGUAUGGUCUUCCACUGUCUCGACUCUAUGCCAAGUACUUUAUGGGUGAUCUAGUAUUAUCCUCAAUGGAGGGUUAUGGCACAGAUGCAGUCAUAUAUCUUAAGGUUCUCUCAAGUGAAGCCAGUGAGUUACUACCAAUAUUCAACAAGACUUCGCUGAAACAGUACAGCUCUAGCAUCCCUGCUGCAGACUGGAGUAACCCCAACUAUACAUCAGGGUUACAUUUCGCAAGACAGUUCAGCACAGCCUCAAAGAGGAAAUACAGUACAAUGCCUGCACGUGGGUACAGCACAAUGCCUGCACGUGGGUACAGCACGAUGCCUGCACGUCGAUACAGUACGAUGUCUCCAUGUGGGUGCAGCAAAGGAACUCUGAAUGAUUCUAAGUGCAGUGAAACUAAAUUUGACCAAAAUAACAUGUCUGAUGUUGUUUCGUAUAGGACUAGUCAAAGAGAACCUCUGUUUAGGCUCGCUGGCCUAUUCAUCAGGUAGCCCAUGGAGAGCCUAGCCUAAUAUAUAGGAACGUUUCUUAGUUGCUGCGCGGCUAAAAAGUAAUUAAAUUUUUGUUAAGCCUUAUUAAAUGUUAUAUUUUGGGUUGAAACUGAUCCAAUAUGAAUGUGUUAUGUACUCAUAUGGGAAAAUUGUUAUCUGAUGAUGUGUGUGAUAACAGAAGGAAAAAGAGGGUACUAAAGGAAUCGAUAAUCUGGUAUAAUAGAUUGAUAAGGAUUGCUUGGAUUACAGCAUGGCUCAUAACAGCAUACUAAAGAAGUGCAAUGUUCUCUCAUUGAAUGCAUUUACUAAACCAAAUAUAUACAUGUAGACUUGAAGUCAUUUGAGGUAUGAAGUAACACGUUUCUGCUAUUAUUAUGUCACCACCAAAAAGUGAUGGCGGUUGGUGUCUGUAACAAAUGGUGGUAACAUUUUGGUGGUAACAUUUUGCAUGUUAAUGCCUUGUUACGCCAAUGCAGGCAUUAUUAAUGGUGGCAUUUUGGUGGUUUUGUUUUAGUCAUACCUAUCGCUACCACAUAUAUUGUAAAACAGCAUAAUGUACUGGUUUGUAAAUAUAUUGGGUUCAAUAAUGUCUAUCAAGUAUAUUGCGACAUAUCUACAUGUAUGGGAAUCUGAUCUUUAUAUUAUCAUUCUGUUUUUGUAGAUCAUGUCGUCAUGGCUUCUGAGAUAACUGAAUAUGAUGUCUAUUAAUGUGUUUUUGUUGUAUAUAAAGUAGUAUAUAAUGCUAAAUUGAGACUGUUAGUGAGUAAAUUGAUACGAAAUAUAUAGGGAUAACAACAAGAAACUUAUAUGAGAUGUUAUCUAUUAUGAAAUUUCAAGCAAUCUGAUUGUCCUUGUGCCUAUUGGUGUCUCUGUCAUCAUUUCCUGUGACUAUUGGUGUCUAAGUCAUCAUUUCCUAUGACUGUUGUAUAAAUUAUAUAAAACAUCAUUCAAUGAAUUGUAAAAUAUAGGAAACAUUGUGCCUUCAAAAGGAUGUGUUUCUCUCGGGUGGCACCUCGUGAAAUACAGACUUUCUCAAGCACAAUAGUUUCUGUAUUUGACUUGAAUCAUUGAAUGAACUCAUGUAUCCCUUCUCAUUCAUAAACAGCAUCCAGAGUAUGAAAUAUGCAGUAAUCAUAAAACUAAUUAUAAUCAUUUAUUAACACUCUAAUUUAUAAUCUGUAAGAAAAGAUUUAUUCUUCUCAAAGGUAUGGGACUUAAUUCUACACAAAAUCCAAACUGCUGGAUUACCUACGCACCCACCCACUAUUGAUAUGUUUGAAUCUUUCAAAUAAACUGGGCUAAAAUACAAUUUUGGCACUUCAUUUUUAAUGAAGCAGCCUUCUCAUCCUCACAUUGAAAGAAAGCAAUUAUCAGAUUAUGUGUAGAAUGUUGUUGAAGCAUAAGAAAUGGGAAGGUUCAAAAUGGAAUAAUCCAAGUAUUUGGCGAAUGGUGGAUUUAAAAAAUAUGCAUAUACCAUGUAUACCGUAGUCCUAUUAAACAUUUUCACUUAAGGGGGACCAAAGACUUGGAAAGAUUAUAAUAAACAAGAUCUCCAGUGAACAUUGUACUAAUAUAUGAUACAUUAACAUUUCAUCUCGUGCUGAGGAUUGACAAUGUGCCAUUACUACUAUGUUGUAUUGAAUAUUCUUAUUUUAAGGAAAAUAAAAUAUUUUACAAAAAAGACUUCGUUUUUUAUUUACAUUUAUUUAUGAAAUGUUAUACCUUGUGCCACAAUAUUGUCUCUGGCUUACACUAUAACAACUACAUACACAUUUAUAAGCUAUAAUAUUACCAUAAUAUAACUACUGUACAAAAACUACAUCCCAUAUUUUCUUUUGUUUAAGUUAAGUCAUACUGUAUGGGGAAUGCCUUGUACUGAACAUGAAGUACAAUACAGUUAUAUUGCUAAAUAUCACUUAUGGACCUUGGAGAGAGUAUUUUCCAUUCAUAUUGGCAUUAAUAAUAAUAUCAUUUUCAUAGCCAGAGAGAUCUAUCAGAAUCAGAAUGUCUCAUUAAAAUGGCUCAAACUUAAACAGUGUACUUCCAAUAAAUCCCCUGUAUCUAUGAAUAUAAUACACGUGUUAAUAAUCAUAAUAUACAUCUAUCUGCAUUUGAAACUUGAAGAGAAAAUUGCAAAUGAAGAGAUUGCCUUUGUCUUGCUAAGGACAGCUAUAUCCUAUGACAUGUUUGAUAGUCUAUUAUAAUGUAUGUGAAUUAUUUCAUCAUUCGAUGAUACACAUCCUUGGGUGCCAAUGAAGCCUAUAUACACUCAGAUCAAUAUACAAACAAUAGUCUGUAUUUAGUCCUUAGUUAUCUGUAGUCCCUAAAUGACCUCAUAAUAUUUGCUUGUGAACAGUUCAAUUUUGAUUACCCCAAGCACUGAAAACCAAAUCAAAAUUAUUCUACUAAAAAGAAAAUUUAAGUAAUUUAGGGAUACUAUCAGAAAAUGUCAUUUCUCAUUCUCCAAGAUCGCCAUCUAUAAUUGUGCUGUCACUAUCAGCGCCACAGUCAUCUUCCUUAUUCUCAUCAACCUCCAUCUUUUCAGUAGCAUCUUUUGAAUCUUCCCCAUCAAUUGUUUUCUCACUAUCUGUAAU